AUGGAGGCAGAGCGCGCAGGACACGUAUCGAGGGAACGACUGGCAAGUGCUGGAGCUGCCAGCGUUCGCCUUCGGCCUGCCGCCCCAGCCAAAGCUGAGCUGGCUGAAGAGGACAUUCUUGAGGAUGCAGAACUCCCACGCCUCUCCUACGACGAAGUCAUGGACGCCAGGCCUGCUGAGCUGGCCCAGCGCUGGCCGCCCCGCCUGCACCGCCGUGACCUCUCCGCCUCCAGCCUGGCAGCCAUGCAGAGCGAUGUCCUCGCGCAGACUGCUGCACAGCCCGUCGUGCAGCAAGGCAAGGACCCGCAGUCUGGCUCCCAGCGGCAGGGGAGGCUAAAGAAGAGAAGGGUGCAGGAUGCUGGAGGGUCUGGGGGUGUCAGCUCUGGCAGGGGUCAGCGAGCGCAGGAGGGAGUUGAAGUUGUUGCAGGGGAUUUGAAGGCGCGCAUUGCUGCCAUUCUGCGCGGCGCUGACUUAGAGAUGCUGACGCUGCAACAGGUGGCAAAGCAGCUGCAGCAGGAGUUUGGCGGCAGGGUGACAGCCAAGGCUAUACGAAAGGAGGUUGACAGCUUCCUUCAGGUCCUGCCAGGUGCUGAGGAGGAAAGGGGCGUGCUGGCCUCAGACGACUCUGAUGGCACACUCUGGAAGGUGUCCAUAGAGGAGGAGCUCAACACGCCCUUCAGCAACAUGCAGCCACCAGCCGCCAAUGAGGAAAGGAAAUCAGCUCCUACCAUCCGCAGACGUACACAGCCCAGUGCAAAUGACCAGUCUGCAGACCUCGGAGCUGCCACGCUCUCCCUGCACUGGGCGCUUAUUUCCUUAGCAGCCGCACACAGGCGCUCUGCUACUCGAGUUAGCCACACAGAACACAUUUGCGGAGCCGGCGCGGCCGUCCCGGUGGCUGACAUGGCGCCCGGGCAGCCGUUGAGUCAGCGAAAUGGUGAGGUGGCGGCUGCCGGGGCCGGCACUGAGCCAGAACAGGCGGCAGCUGAUGCGCUGCACUUAGUAACGGAUGACUCAUUCAUCCAUGGGGGUGGGCACGCGGCCAGGGGCGUGCCAGAGGAAUGUGCAACUGUGGCGGCUGGCUUUGAGGGAAGAGAUGGGCAUGGCACCGAUGAAGACGGGGAUGAGGGUGCAGCUGGGAUGGAGAUCGAGCCAGGCAGUCAAGGCGGAGCUGCGGGGAACAUGCCGGGGAGUGAGGGAGCAGCAGCAGAGGACGAGGGCGAAGUUUGCGCUGCUGCCGCUGCAGCCAAGCACAGCUUCAGGCUGGCAUAUGCCCUGCUUGAGCAGCUGCUGGCGCGCCGCUGGGACAGAGAUGUCCGCCCAGCAAGGAGAGGCGUGGCAUUCCGCCUCGCUCUCCGCCUGCCGCAGCCUCCUGGAUGGCCAGCCACCAAUUUGCCCCUCUUCAGAUCCCCACCGGCCGCCAAAGUGCGGCCAGACACAGGAGGAGGCGCCGCCUCGAUGCAUGCCGGUGAGAGACAGCGUGACGCAGCGAGGAGUUUAGCUUCAUUGCAGGCUGACGGAGGCGCCGCCUCGCUGCAGGCUGGUGAGAUACAACCAGACACAGCGAGAGACGGGGCCGCAGCAGCUGCAGCUGGAGACUCAUCACAGCAGCGUGCCGGGAGCAGGACGACUCUCCCAGGCGAGGAGCUAUUGGUGCCGGGAAGGGAGACUGCCGCAGCUGCCUUAGGCGGGCAUGCAGCAGGUGAGGAGGGCACUGCAGCAGACAGUGGAUUGGGGGAACCUUCCCUUGGAAUGGGGGAGCCCUCGGUGGCAGGGGUGGGGGGCACCUCACAGGAUCAGCCACCGGAAAAUUUCAUUGCAGCGAUGGGCGUCGCAGAGGAGCAGGGUAUAGAGAGUUAUUCAGCUCUAUUGACUGCAGCACAUGAAGAAGGCAGAGAAGGCGGCAGCAGUGGUGCGGCUGAGCAAGGGAUUGGAGCAGCAGUGGCGGGGAGUGCGGAAGCAGGGCAGGAGACAAACAGUACUGGAGAAGGUAUCCCAAAGCCAGCAGCUGGCAGGGAAGCUGGCAAGGAAGCGGGCGAGCAAGGGGCAGCUGAUCAGGUCUAUGAUGGCGUUGCUGGGGAUGCCCGGCUGGCGUUUGAGGCGGCGGCUGCUAUUGGCAUAUCGCAGGAAGUGAUAGCGCUUGCUGUGCAGCGGUAUCAGAGGCUUAUUAGUAAAGCUGACAACUUGCAGUCGGCGGAUUGA